AUGUUAGCGCAAGCUGCUGACAUAAGACACACACCGACACACACUCCAGCUUCAAUUAUGAGCGGUGAAGACGACGUGCUCCAAUUGCUCGAUUCAAUCGAUAGAGAGCGCACCAAAAAACAAAGAGCCCGUAAGCCCAUCAAACCUCGUGAAAAGCGCGCUGAUGCCGAUGUGAUGGAAUUUCUGGAUGAGGUUUCAAAGUCGAGCACCCCUACUCCUCCAGUUUUGACCGAGGGAACACAGACUUCAGAACAAUUACUUGUCCAGUCUGUCAAACCUAAACCACCGAAAGCCCAAGUGAGUAUGGAAGAAGAAACUGUCAAGGUGACCACAUCUGAUUCUCCUCGUAGUGAGACAACGGCAGCGACAAGUGACCCUAUAACUAGUAUCUCAAGUUGGUGGUCGCGCAAUAAAGACGGUCUAUGGGACCAGGCUGCGAAUGCAGCUACUGUAGCCAAAUCCCAUGCUACAGAUGUUGUGAAGCAGGCGGAAGCAAAGGUAUCUGAGAUGCAGAAAGACCAAGGCACAUCGGCGUUUGCAUUUAGCAGCUGGCAAAAGUCCAUCUCGUCCGUCUUACAGACAAUCGUGCCGCCAAUUGGCCGCCAUGAGCAGUUGAAAAUUAAUAUUUUCCAUGAUAUGGUUGGAUACCAAAACAUCGAUAGUCUCGUCCACGAGGUUUUUGCCAGAGUGAUGGACCAAGUUGAAGGCGGCGGUGACCUCAAUAUGGUCGUACAAAAAGGCAAAGAACGGCAUCUAGCUCAGGAAGCUAAUGACCAUACGCUAAAACUCAACGCGUUCGUUGGAUCUUAUGAAAAUGGCAAAAAGCUAGCCAAGGCCAAUAUUGAGGAGCUUAUUUCCUCUCAAACGUCUUCACCGAAUCCAGAAGGUGAGAACUUUAUCCAGCAUUCAGAACUUUUCGUGUCAAUUCAACCUGUGAUUUCUGACCAAAUACAUGAUACAGACCUCACUUUACAAAACGGCGGAUUUUAUUUCAUUAUCUACUUGGCUGACCAUCACCAUAAGAUCGAGCUGACGACCGCUUCUCAAAAUUUCCCUUCGAGAUGGGCCGAAAUUUUAGAUGCUAGUGCAGCUACAGGUCCUGAAACAACAAGUGACACUAAGGAAUGGAUUUUGGAAUGGGUAGAGUCUGGACUGCAACUCGCAGUUGGCGUUGUGGCUCAAAAGUACGUUUUUAUGCGGAUGGGAUUGGACCCGAGUAAAUGA